ACUACAGGUCAUCAACCAAACGCUUCAUUUCCCUGCGCACCCUUGAUUUACUCAUAAUCAUGUUGUUAUAAUUCAAAAUAUCCCUUCGAUGUCUCUUCUUGUUGCCUAUGAUAACCAUCCGUUGAUUCCUGGUUAAAUUGCGGUAGUAACAUGUAAUGUCGGGCUUCGCACCUCGGUACUCAGCCGAAAGGAUCUUGGCAUUUGAAUGUGACUACCUACCCGCUGACAAACAUCGUCUACCCAGCAUCUUGAACAGAGAAUUAAGUCUAACUCAAUAAAGAUCUUACUUGUCUUGGCUACAAGGAUUCACUUGACCAAUUUGGACAGCGUCUUGAAUGAGUAUUAUGUCAUGUGGUACUGCGUCGCCGAGGGCGAUGGCCGGUGGAACCGACUUCGGGUUCCGGGUGUCAUUUCCUCCAGAAGCGUACGGAAGAUAAAGCCGGGUCUAUCAUCAAGACCAAUACCUUUCUAUUUUAAGGUACCACGAGACCCGGGGUUAAUAUUCGCGAUAUGGUUUCCGAAAAAUUCUAUAGUAGUUACCACACUAUUAAAGAUGGCCAUCGAAGUGCAUCAUCUACUGCAUCCCUUCCCAUCACGACACGGACCUCUCACCAACCCAGCUUACUGCGCCCAUACUCAAAAUGCUGCGAAGAAUCGUGUCUAGCCUAACCGUGGCUCUAGCCAUAGGUUCCCCUUUCACACUCGGUCUACCUUCGCGCCACGAUCGGUCUCAUGGCCCCCGAAAGUUUGAUCUCACAGUCACCUGGGAACAACAUGCCCCGAAUGGUUUUAGUCGUAACAUGAUUUUGAUCAACGGACAAAGUCCCGGUCCGAUGAUUGAAGUUAAUGAAGGGGAUGAUGUAGAGGUGACCGUCCAUAAUCAGACGCCUCACAACACAACGAUGCACUUCCAUGGCAUUGAAAUGGCCACAUCCCCAUGGUCUGAUGGCGUACCAGGUGUCACACAGAGAGAGAUUCUCACGGGCGGGACCUUCGUCUAUAAAUGGAAGGCGACUCAAUACGGCGAAUACUGGUAUCACGCGCAUCGUUUGGGGCAACUAGAUGAUGGUCAACUCGGCCCGCUUGUCAUCCACCCUAAGAAGGACAGACCAAACCCUUUCGGCCUUAUUUCUAAGAACCGGGACACGAUACGUGCGAUGGAAAAGGCCGCACAUGACAUCAAGCCAUUGAUGCUGGCUGACUGGAGAAAUAUCAACUCCAUAGAGGCUUGGGACAUUGAGAUUGCGGCUAGCACAGAGCUACCCUGUUUCGACUCCCUACUCAUCAAUGGCAAGGGGAAGAUCGACUGCUGGUCUGCUGAAAAGAUGGCCUCGUUGCUGGGUCCGACGCAGAAGGCACUCCUUGCCAUGGGAAAUUUCACUAGUUUGACACCUAAAGGCUGUCUCCCCAAGUCUGUCGCUGUGCUAGCGGUGGCAGCAGGAUACAAAACAAAUGUUUCGGCAAUUCCGGAUGAACUUUUCGAUAUUUGCUCGCCAACUGAAGGCUCUAAAGAAGUUAUCGAGGUCAAGCAGACAUGCGAUAGGGACGAGACCUGGGUAGCUUUCGAGGUUAUCGGUGCCUACACGACCAUGAAGUCGACUUUCUCAAUUGACGGCUUACCAAUGUGGAUAUAUGCGGUUGAUGGCGAGUACAUCGAGCCCCAGAUGGUGCAUGCAAUCAGUGUCAUCAACGGUGACCGGUACUCAGUUCUAGUAAAGCUCACCCAAGCUGGAGAUUACACAAUCCGACACGCAGCUACCUUACCCAUUCAAUUGAUCAGUGGAGAGGCGACGCUAUCAUACAGGACUAAAAAGGGAGUGCCAAGCAACAAUACAAUCGCACCUUAUGUCAAUGAUGCCGGCGUCGCCGUUAGCAAAGAUGUGGUCUUCUUCAACCAGACACUACAGAAGCCAUACCCUCCUUACCCGGUUGGUCAGAAGGCAGACCAGACGUUCAUUCUGACAUUGGGCAACACCGAUGGUGUGGGCUACAUGUGGGCUAUGAAUGGAACAGCGGCACCCAUGUCGCUCGACUCCUCCGAACCCGUGCUAUUCAAGCCGCAGCCAAACCUCGUGAACAACCUGACAGUCACGACUCAGAACAACACCUGGAUCGAUUUCAUCUUCAAAGUCGAGACAGUGCCUCAGCCCUCGCACCCUAUCCACAAGCACGGAAACAAGAUGUGGCAGAUCGGCUCCGGUCAGGGAGUCUUCAAAUGGACGAGUGUCGAGGAAGCGAUGAAGGAGAUUCCACAGAACUUCAACCUGGUUGACCCGCCUCGGCGCGAUGGAUUUGCGACACUCGAUUCGCCGAGGGGCCCUACUUGGAUUGCGGUCCGUUAUCAUGUGACGAACCCCGGUGCAUGGUUCCUUCACUGCCAUAUCUCCACGCAUCUUCAAGGCGGUAUGGCAUUGGUGAUUCAAGAUGGUAUUGAUCAAUUCCCCACGGUGCCUGAUGAGUACCUUUCGUAUGGGGCAUAGUAUCGGACCUUUUUCCUUUAGAGCAUUACUUGUAUCAACAUAUCUUCGAAGUAUAUAUAGUUACAUUAAAUAGAUUAAUUGAACUCUUUCGAACUAA